AUGCGUUAUAAUUUAGCUCAUGUGUGCGAAGCAUCAUUUGAAUUUAAUAAAACUGAAACAUUAUAUAAAGAAAUUUUACGUGAACAUUUAAAAUAUGUUGAUUGUGUACGUCGUUUGGGUUCUACGGUACAUGAUCGUGAUCAAAUUUAUAGUGCAUCUCAUUGGUUUAAAGAUGUACUAGAAAUUAAUCAUAAUUCACCGAAUACAUGGACUAUGAUUGGAAAUAUACGUACGACAAAACAAGAAUGGAAACCUCGACAAAAGAAAUUUGAGAGAAUUUUAUAUAAUUCACAGACAACAAAUGAUUCGUUAUGCUUUAAUUUCAUUAGGAAAUAUAUGAUUACAAACUUUAUAUUUGCCGACAUGUGA